AGCUGACAAACCAAAGUUCGUCCCUCUCUUGGAAAUACUACACGGGAGCGCGCGCGCAAGGGGAUCGCUUUGCUUUUGCAGACACCAGCAGAAACACUCAAACGCUUGCCUUCUGAAAGCGAGCGCCGCGAUUCAGUGGAUUUGCAGGAAUUAAUAGCUGGGAAGAAUUUGGGGGAGGCGAAGCGUUCAGUCGGGACAUCCGUACGAAUUCUCUGAGACUGUCCAUCUACAGUCUGCGCAUGAAUCUACUAGAUCCCUACCUGAAAAUGACAGAUGAGCAAGAGAAGUGUCUGUCUGACGCCCCAAGUCCGAGCAUGUCCGAGGACUCCGCGGGCUCCCCGGGCUCCGGCUCGGGCUCCGACACCGAGAACACCCGUCCGCCCGAGAACAGCCUCAUAGCCCCGGACGGGACGCUCGGCGAGUUCAAGAAGGACGAAGAAGACAAGUUCCCGGUGUGCAUCCGAGAGGCGGUGUCUCAGGUGCUGAAGGGGUACGACUGGACGCUCGUGCCCAUGCCGGUGAGAGUGAACGGAUCGAGCAAAAACAAGCCGCACGUGAAGAGACCGAUGAACGCGUUUAUGGUGUGGGCGCAAGCGGCGCGCAGGAAGCUCGCGGAUCAAUACCCGCACCUCCACAACGCCGAGCUCAGCAAAACUCUGGGAAAACUGUGGAGAUUGCUGAAUGAGGGCGAAAAGCGUCCCUUCGUGGAGGAGGCUGAGCGCCUCAGGGUUCAGCACAAGAAAGAUCACCCCGACUACAAAUAUCAGCCUCGGCGGAGGAAGUCGGUGAAGAAUGGCCAGGGCGAGUCUGAGGACGGCAGCGAGCAGACUCACAUCUCCCCGAAUGCCAUCUUCAAAGCCCUCCAGCAAGCCGACUCGCCCGCGUCCAGCAUGGGAGAGGUGCACUCGCCCGGCGAGCACUCAGGCCAGUCCCAAGGGCCGCCCACUCCUCCCACCACCCCAAAAACUGACGUGCAGCCAGGCAAAGUGGAUCUGAAGCGAGAGACCCGUCCACUUCAGGAAAACACGGGGCGUCCGCUCAACAUCGACUUCCGUGAAGUGGACAUCGGCGAGCUCAGUAACGACGUCAUCGAAACUUUCGACGUCAAUGAGUUUGACCAGUACCUGCCGCCGAACGGGCAUGCCACCAACGCGUCCUACGUGGGCGGCUACGCCACCUGGAUGGGGAAGCCUCAAAACGGCAGCCCCUCAAGCACCCAGCUGACUCCACUCGGGACGGGUGGCUCCGGGGAUCAAGACCAACCGAGAACGACGCACAUCAAAACCGAACAGCUCAGUCCCAGCCACUACAACGAGCAGCAGCAGGGCUCCCCGCAGCACGUCAGCUACGGCUCCUUCAACGUCCAGCACCUCCAGCACUACAGCACUUCAUUCCCAUCCAUCACCCGGGCGCAGUACGAAUACUCCGACCACCAGGGCGGCGCCAACUCCUAUUACACCCACGCUGGAGGUCAGAGCUCCGGCUUGUACUCCACCUUCAGCUACAUGAGCCCCAGCCAGAGGCCCAUGUACACCCCCAUCGCUGACUCUACCGGGGUUCCUGCCAUUCCCCAAUCCAACCACAGCCCCCAGCAUUGGGAGCAGCAGCCGGUCUACACACAGCUGUCCAGACCCUGAGGACUCGCCGUCACACGCCCACCGUCGAGCAGAUACACAGCAGAGGCUGAUGGGACUCAUUACGCAUCAUUCCACUCUCUUUAAAACACACACUUGAAUCUCCCCACAACACACACACACACACAACAAUAAAAUGUAGGAAAGAAAGCUGGACUACAAGAAAAACGGCUCCCAAUGUGCCUUUUUAAUCGCCUGAACUCGAGAUUAGAAUAUAUAUAUAUAUAUUUUUAGCCUUGUUUGCAAGUAAAGAAAAAUUUUUUUGAGAAAUGAUUCCUCUGUGAGGACUUAUUGAUUAUUGAUACUUUAAUAUGUACUGUGUAUGUUUUCUUAACAUGUUGUUUUUUUCAGCCUUCUGUGUUUCUUGUAGAAAAGUCUAUUUUUACUAAACCACUCUUGGUAGUCAUUCCUUGUUUUUCUCCCAUCUUUUUCCCUCAGUAGCACCCGUUAUUGUCUCUAGUCCUCGUGCGGUGCAUUUUAUGUUUUAUAGUUUGACUCUGUGCCCUUUAUUUAUGUUCCUGUAAAAUAUCAUCCCUAUCCAACAGUUGUUGUUUUUUUUAAAGCUCUCGUUCACGCUUCUAUCCCCAAUCAGUGCCUGUCAAAUGUUGGAAGUGAAUUAGCGGGAAUAUCUAUGUGGCAGCGGCAGCUGAGAAUUUACUGAGUGUCUAACAGCAUGUGUCGCAGCCGCAGGAAGUGACCUUUGACCUCUGCUUGUCAAUAGCUGCCUGCAGUCCUACAGGUGUCAUCUUACAGCCUUUCCUUCUGUAUCCCAUCUUAACCCCUUUAAUUUAUUUAUUAGUAUUAAUUUUAUUUCAAAGAAAUUAUUUGCAUUUUAUUCUUUAUUACUUUAUAAAAUUAAAAAAAAAAAAGAUUGUUAUUUUGCGCCUCUGAAUAUGGUGUCAUGUAAUCCAACGGGCCAUUUAGACAGAGAGCUGGUACUUAAUAUGGUAAAACUCUGUAUUCAUCAUGUUUAUUUAUCAUAUGUAGAUUUUUCUAUUUGAAAUGUUUAUUUGUCUUUAUUUCUAACUAAGUCAUGCACAAAAUGCUGUUGCAGUUUCUAAAAUAAGGCUGAUUAAACUGGAAGCGUAGUUUUACGAAGCUCUAAUUUGAAGCUGUAGUUGUUUUUAAGUAGAUGUUUAGUUACUUGGCAUCUUUCUUUGCUUAUGCAUUUUCCCUUUCUGAUUUUAUGCUUUACUCAACUUCAGUGAUCUCUGUACUGACGUUGAUAUCUUUUUUACACAAGACUGAACAAGUUUUUUGUCUUUAAAAAGUUUAACAUUUUACUGCCUUUGAAGAAGCUCAUCUUUUGUAUUAUAUUUGCAAUAAAAGUGAGAAUAAAACAUAAAACCGACACCUA